AUGCCAUCCGGAAGCGCUGGGCAAGCCUCUUCCUUGGGUCGUCAUUUCAACCCUCGCAAUCUCAGAAAUGCAACAUUUAUUCUCCCACGGACAGGGGAACGCGUUAGACGCGCAUUCUCGUUGCAAACUCUAGGAGACAAUGCCCGUGAAGAAGCUGGUUCACCAGAAGAACGUGAGGGUCUGCUGGGUACGGAUCCGGACGUGUCAUGUCCGCCAGCUCGUGAGCGUAACGCUAUACUGAAGCCCCUGUAUCGCUGGCGGGACCGAUCCAUCGAUUUUUGGGCUUCGAACCUAGGACAGGGUAUCUUCAAGUGCUCCAUCGCCUAUUUACUAGGAUCUUUGGCCACGUUCCUUCCCUUUAUCUCGGCCUUCCUUGGGAAGCAAGACGGCAAACAUGUUGUUGCAACCGUUACGGUGUACUUCCACCCUUCAAGGACAGUCGGCAGCAUGAUCCAAGCCGUGGGCAUUGCUUUAAUCGCCUUUGUAUACGCAGCGUUCGUGUCCUUCACUAGCAUGGCUAUCAGUAUGGCCCUUGGCAAGCGCGAUCUUCUGGUUCUUGGCCAUGCAAUCGUUUUAGUGAUCUUCUGUGCUGGCGGCCUGGGCUUCAUAGGUUGGCUCAAGCAGCGACUUGGUCAUCCGACCGUGAACGUAGGGUGCAGUCUUGCCUCUUUGGCGAUUAUCACCAUCCUAACCAAAGAAGGAUCCAUUCAAGCUGCGAAAUUCUCCGAAGAGAAGGUUUUCCAGGUUCUACGCAUGGUACUACUGGGCAUGGCGGCUACCACGGCAGUCAAUCUGCUCAUCAAACCUCGUUACGCCAAAAGAGAGUUGCGCCGCGACUUUGUCAAGAUGACCGACUCUUUGGGGGACAAACUUAUUGCUAUCACGAGAGCAUUCUUGACUGGUUCGGAGACGGAGAUGCAGGGGCCUGCAUACAAGCGAGUUGAUAAGGACUGCAAAGCCAACGAGACCUCGAUGAAGAAGAACCUGAUUGAAGCCAAAUACGAGCAUUAUAUGCUGGGUAGAGAAAAGGAAUAUCGCAUUGAGGUCAAGCUUGUCAAAUGUCUGCAAGGGCUUUCUCAGAGUAUUGGCGGUCUUUACAGUGCGGCUGACACGCAGUUUGCCCUUAUCAAAUCUUCACCAAACAUCAAUCGAUCAGACUCAGCAAUAACAUCCAUGUCGUCGUCCUUCUUGGGCGCUUCGCAGCUUGUGAGCGAACCAGGCGAAAUCCGAGGAUCCUUGACACCAAUUAGUGAGACUCCUGAGUCGCCAGCCGAUCAGCUGAUUCCGUUCAGUCCUAUGGCUUCGAGCUUCACCAGCAACUUCACAGACAAGAGGCCUUCAUUAUCACCUUCUGAUAUGUUUACAACGUUCAUAACACAGCUAGGACCCCCGAUGAAGUCAUUAGCCUUUACUCUCAAAUCGAUCUUGGAUGAACUGCCGUUCCAGUCCGGAACUGACGAUGUAAUCGCCGUCAAUGUCAACUUCAGAACAAGUCUUGCCCAGGCCAUCGAGCUUUUCAACAACGCCAGGAAAGAAGCAUUGUCUACAUUGUAUCGCAACAAGGAGAUCACGAAUGCCAAGUCUCUGGAGCGUGUGGCCGAUUUGGAAGAGGUUGCCGCGAGCUGCGGGCACUAUGCUGCAGCAAUGAUUGAUUUCGCCGAGGACACGCUCAGAUAUCUGGAAAUCUUGGAAGAGCUAAAGGAAGAACUGGAACAGGAAGAUAGAAAUCGGUCCUGGAAGUGGCUGGCCUUCUGGAGGAGACAUAAAACUGACAAAACUGCAAAUGAAGAAGCAGGUCUAUCACUGUUGCAUGAACCUGAUGAAGCUUUAACGACGGACAUCGUCAAGCCCAUCCUCCAGGCGGACACUUUUGCUAGAGCGGGACGCAACAUUAAGGAACCGUUCAGCCACCGACUUUAUCGCAUGUUCAAAUUUAUUCGAAGGGAUGACAUUCGAUUUGCGAUAAAGGUCGGCGUCGGCGCAGCGCUCUUCGCCUUGCCGUCUUUCAUGAUGUGGUCUCGACCCUUUUACCAACACUGGCGUGGAGAAUGGGGUCUUGUUUCCUACAUGGUCGUAUGCUCAAUGACGAUCGGAGCUUCCAACACGACUGGUAUUGAGCGUUUCAUAGGCACAGCUAUGGGCGCUGUACUCGCGAUUGCGGCAUGGAUCAUCUCAGACGAUAGCCCCUGGCUUCUCGGUUUCUUUGGCUGGCUGAUGUCGCUUGGCUGUUUCUAUAUCAUCCUGGUGCAGGGCAAAGGACCCAUGGGGCGUUUCAUCCUGCUUACAUAUAACCUAUCUGCCCUGUACGCAUACUCGCUAUCCGCAAAGGAUAACGAUGACGAUGACGAUGAGGGCGGCAUAAACCCCGAAAUCUGGGGGAUUGUCCUUCAUCGUUUCGUGGCAGUCAUCGCUGGUUGUAUAUGGGGCAUCGUUGUGACCCGAGUGAUCUGGCCCAUCUCAGCUCGUCGCAAGCUCAAGAAUGGCAUUUGCUUACUUUGGCUACGUAUGUCCUUAAUCUGGCGCAGAGAUCCACUGGCCAUGUUCCUCCUCGGUGAGCCUGCUUCGGCAUACAUGGAUAUACGUGAAGAAUCUGAACUGCAGACCUUCCUGGCGCAACUGGAAGCACUUCGCAAAGCUGCAGCCUCUGAGUUCGAAUUUCGAGCUCCAUUCCCUGACAAGGCGUAUGGCAAGAUUUUGGAAAGGACAAAGCGCAUGUUGGACAACUUUCACUCUAUGAACAUGGUGAUAGCCAAGGACCUCAAAGCCAGUCCUGGAGAAGCAGAAGUGCUCAGGUAUACUCGAGCGGAGCGAUUUGCGCUGUCGGCGAGAAUCAGCCAUCUGUUUUCCGUGUUGGCUAGUUCAGUCAAGUUGGAGUAUCCUCUCAAUGAUGUGUUGCCCAACAUUGAUCACACAAGAGACAGAUUAUUGGCAAAGAUCUUUGAGUUCAGAAGGGAUAGUGACAAGGCUUCUCUUGCGACUGAGGAGGACUAUGAGUUGUUGUAUGCUUAUGCACUCGUGACUGGCUCGCUGGCACAGGAAAUCAUAGGCGUCAGUGCAGACUUGGAGGAGUUGUUUGGCAAGCUGAACGAAGACAACCUGGCGCUAUACUAG